AUGGCCACCCCGCCCGCAGAGCCUUCCGCUCCGCCGCCCACGGCCCUCAAACCCAUCCACAGCCUAGUCCUUGAUACAGGCCCGUUGAUCAAAAACGACCCCUCGGUCAGCGCACUCCUCUCGCAGGCCGAAAAACUCUACACGAUUCCGUCCGUCAUCCCCGAAAUCAGGGAUCCCGCCACCCGCACGCGAGUCGAGACGACACUCCUGCCGUUUGUUACUGUUCGCGCACCCGGCCCCGCGAGCAUAAAGUUUGUGACGGACUUUGCGAGGCGGACGGGCGAUUUGGCGGUGCUGAGCAGGCCUGAUAUCGAGGUCAUCGCGCUCGGCUAUGAGCUUGAGUGCGAGAGGAACGGCGGCGACUGGAGGCUGAGGAACACCCCCGGGCAGAAGCGGUUGAAUGGACGGCCAAAGGAGGCGGAGACCCAAGCUGAUGCGGAGGAUUCGCCAAAGGAUGACCCUGAGAAUCCAGCAGCGGCUCCGGCGGCAGAAGGCGACGAGACAGGGUCGCCGGCGCUGGAGGACAGGUUAGACGGUCUAAGUUUGCAGCCUACCGAAAAUGCCAGCCCGGCCGAGGCGGCAGCCGCAGCAGAAGAACCAUCACCUACCCCCGACGCACCAGCCGCAAAUCUGGAAAUGCCAGAAACGCAACAAGACUCCGACGACGAGGGCUGGAUCACGCCGUCCAACCUGAAACGACACCAAGCGGCCGACUCGGCCGGCAGCACGCCGCCCGCCGCCCCAGCCGGCGCAAAAGACGCUGCAGGCGGCCAUCCUCACGUCCGACUACGCCAUGCAAAACGUCGCCCUCCGCAUCAACAUCAACCUCGUCACGCCGUCCUUCUCGCGCAUCACCCACCUCAAGAACUGGGUGCUCCGCUGCCACGGCUGCUUCGCCAUCACCAAAGACAUGGAGAAGCACACGGCAACUUCCAGGUCCACCUCAAGAAGAACUUCCAGUGGAACAAGCGCGGCAACGUCUACAGCGUCCCCAAGGCGGUCCACGGCUCUGCCAACGGGCGGCUGGCCAAGGGCGCCGGCGGCAAGAACGGCUGGGGCAGGGAUCUGAUUCUCGCCGAGGACCAAAAGGAGUACGUCAAGGCCAGCGAGGAGCAGAAGAGGCAGCGCAACAAGGACAUCAUGGACGAGGAUUACCUGCCGGGAAUUCUGAGCGGGAAAAGAUCAGGCGGAGCGGCAAAAGUGCGCGUCGGGGCGGGCAGAAGUGUGAAUUCAAAGAGGAAGCAUUGA